UCUGCUCAAGUGAUCGUUCUCUGCACGCCUUCACUUCAUUGCUUCUCAACGUAAAGGAGAGACUGGGAAAUGGCUUCCACUCUUUUCACUCUGAUUACUUUGUUUCUGGCUUUCUCCGCCCUCUCGCUGCCGAUCAUUGAAGCAGAAACAGAAGCAGAAGAACUUGGUAGUCUCAAGCUCAGUUCUCACAUCCUCCAGGAGUCUAUUGUUGAACGGAUUAAUGGAAAUCCAAAAGCAGGGUGGAAGGCUGCCAUGAGUCCUCGUUUCUCUAAUUACACAGUUGGACAGUUUAAGCACCUUCUAGGGGUUAAGCAAACACCUAGAAAGGAAUUAAGAAGUGCUCCUGUCAAAACUCAUCCAAAAGCAUUAAAAUUGCCAAACAAGUUUGAUGCAAGAACAGCUUGGAAGCAGUGUAGCACAAUUGGAAGAAUUCUAGAUCAGGGUCACUGUGGUUCUUGCUGGGCAUUUGGCGCUGUUGAAUCAUUAUCAGAUCGUUUCUGCAUCCAUUUUGGCCUGAAUGUGUCACUCUCUGUCAAUGACCUUCUCUCGUGCUGUGGAUUUUUGUGUGGAUCUGGCUGUGAUGGAGGUUAUCCCCUCAAUGCAUGGCAAUACCUCGUCCGCCAGGGCGUUGUCACUGAAGAGUGUGACCCAUACUUUGAUCAGAUUGGUUGUUCUCACCCUGGUUGUGAGCCUGCAUAUCCAACACCUGUGUGUGUGAGAAAGUGCGUCAAUGGUAACCAGCUUUGGAGCCAGUCAAAGCACUAUAGUGAUAAUGCAUAUAGGGUCAACUCUGAUCCCUAUGAUAUCAUGGCAGAAGUUUAUAAGAAUGGGCCGGUUGAGGUCUCUUUCACUGUUUAUGAGGAUUUUGCUCACUACAAGUCAGGAGUAUACAAACACGUCGCAGGUUACGUGAUGGGAGGUCAUGCUGUAAAGCUAAUUGGGUGGGGAACCACUGAUGAUGGAGAGGACUAUUGGCUUCUCGCGAACCAGUGGAAUAGAAGUUGGGGCGAUGAUGGUUACUUCAAGAUCAGGCGAGGCACAAACGAGUGUGGUAUUGAAGAAGAAGUUGUCGCCGGUUUGCCUUCCACUAAAAAUCUUGUGUUGGAGGUGGUUGAUGUGGACGACGAUGCGGUCGUUUCAUUCUGAAUGUAGAUGUUCACUACUUAUCGUUAUUAUUUUAUCACAUAAAUGUUGUGUGCCAAUUAAACAUGACACAGUAUGACGUUGCAAUACUACAAGAAUGAGCGAACUCUGAUUAGCGUAGGAUUACUUUCACUGCAUCAUUCUUGUUCCGUUUUUAGUUUACUUGUGAUCAUUAUGAUGAUGUGAUAGAAAUUGAAAAUGCGAUGCUUGAUAUUUUUAGAAGUC